AUGCAUAAGCAGGGUGGUGAUGAUGGAGACGCAAUAACCAAGGUAGAUACCGGCCGGGAUGAAGCGCUUGUCAAGCGAUUUUCUGCGGCUGGAGACUACGAAGACGAAGAUUAUCAUCAAUGGGAAGGGGAUGUAAGGAAGAAACAAGUGUUUCACGGAACUAUGCUGCUUUGGGUUGCUUACCAGGCUACCGGAGUUAUAUAUGGCGACAUCGGCACCUCCCCUCUCUACGUUUUCAGCUCCACUUUCGCUUCAGAGCCAUCUUGGGAUGACCUUGUUGGCGCACUUUCCCUUAUCAUAUGGUCGCUCACUAUCAUUGUUACAAUUAAAUAUGUGUUCAUUGUUUUGCAAGCUGACGAUGAGGGUGAGGGUGGAACCUUUGCGCUGUUCUCAUUGCUUAGCCGAUACCUUCACAUUGUCCGACGGGACCCUAUGGAUGUGUCUACACUUAAAAUGAGCAGGUAUUCUACAAACGAGCUAGGGAGCUCCCAUAACGCGGUUCGUACGACCGUGGAAGAGAGUAGAUUUAUUAAACUCUUACUCUCAGGACUGAGCAUAUUUGGCGUCACACUCGUUAUGGCCGUUUUUGCUGCGAUAGAUGGCGUUCUGACCCCAGCCCAGUCUGUGCUUGGGGCCAUUCAGGGGAUCAGAGUCGUUCAGCCAGAUCUCAGUACGGGAGCAAUAGUUGGCAUUAGCUGUGCGAUACUAGUUCUCUUAUUUGUUAUCCAGCCUUUUGGAGUCACUAAAUUAACGGUCGCAUUUUCGCCAAUCGUUGUACUCUGGUUGCUAUUCAAUGUUGUCUUCGGAGUUUACAACCUAGUCAAGUUUGACCAUACUGUGCUCAGGGCCUUCUCUCCCUACUUUGCCGGUGCCUGGUUUACAAAAAAUGGGGCUGAAGGGUGGAAAGCGCUUGCCAAUAUUCUACUUUGUUUUACAGGUUGUGAAUGUCUCUUCGCUGAUCUGGGCAGCUUCUCCAAGCGCGCUAUUCAGAUCAGUUGGGUUUGUUUUGCAUAUCCCUGUCUUAUAAUAGCUUAUGCGGGCCAAGCUGCAUAUAUAUCUCGGAAUGAAGGGGCAUACUCGAAUCCGUUCUUUAAUACGGUACCGCCUGGGACCUUUUGGCCGAGUCUGAUCUUAUCGAUACUUGCUGCCAUCGUUGCGUCGCAGGCCACGAUCACAGCUACAUUUCAAUUAUUAACGCAGAUAAUGGCGCUAAACUACUUUCCCAAACUCAAAGUUGUUCACACCAGCACAAAAAUCCAUGGACAAGUUUAUAUACCUUUUGCGAACUGGCUUUUAUUAAUCGGAUGCGUCAUAGUCACUGCGGUCUAUAACAAUACGACAAGCCUAGGGCAGGCGUACGGUGUUUGUGUUAUUCUUGUAACAUUUAUCACAACAUGCCUAGUUAGUAUUGUUGCAAUCGUUGUUUGGCGCAUGAACAUUCUUAUUGUGACCCCGAUCUUUUUCAUCUUUGCCUGCUUUGAUGGCCUUUUCUUAUCUGCAGCGCUUACCAAAGUCCCGACUGGUGCUUGGUUCACUCUCUUGGUAGCAGCUAUUCUGGCAUUGGUGAUGCUUCUCUGGCGAUUUGGAAAGCAUAGGCAGUGGUCUGCUGAGAGAAAUAUGCAAGUCCAUGAUAAGGCGUUCCAUAACGCGGUUGUCACUAAAGGGGAUGGAAUGAGGUUAUCUGGUGGCAAGAGGGCUGUCAGUGGCAUGAAAGGCAUCGGAAUUUUUAUGGACAAGACGGGAUUUCUCUAUCCCACUGUCUACACUCGAUUCCUUAGGUCCUUCGAGGCUCAACAUGCUAUCACAAUAUUUUUGAACAUCGAGAAUGACCAACGGUAUGUUAUUACGAAAAUCGAGGCCCUGCAUAAUACAUACCGCAUUAUUGCUCGAUAUGGGUAUAACGAAGCUGUCCCCGAAACCCUUGCCGAAAUCAUCAAAUUGAAAUUGGGCGACUAUCUCGCCUUAGCCGAACAACCGGCCUCUGAGCCGCCUGAUGGAGUUUCUGCAAAGCUUGAGACAAUUACGGAGAGUACCGAUGCCCCCCCUAUGAGGAUGUUGCCGGGUAAUGAGAUUACAGUUGAAAACACAACCCGCCAACGUCAUGGCCGACUGCAAGUUGAGACGAAUUCCUUAACAUCUGAAAAGACGGCACUUUCUUCCGCGUUUGAAGAGCAAGUUGUUUUCCUUCUUGGAAAGCAAAGACUUAUCGAACGUAGAGACAGGAAUAAAAUUUCCAAAGCCAUUUUAGCCUGUUACACGUGGUUGAGAGAGCAAACAACCAAUAAAGUCAACUUUUUAGGGUUGCCGAUUGAUCAAGUCGUGGAAAUCGGGACUAUCACGGAAAUAUAG